UUCUUGAACAAUUAAUUUAAAAUAAAAAAAUAAUAUAUUCCUCACAUAAUUCCACUGCUUUCGCCCAUCUUCUCAAUUAACAUUCAAGCCUCUAUAUAAACCACCCACUAUCUUCUCUAUCACUUGUAACAAUUCAACCAUAAUUACCCCCCAAAACCUUAGCUUCCUUCCAUUUCUGUGUUCCAUCCAUGGCCGAAACCCAAAAACAACCCACCCAUGUAGCUAUUCUACCCAGUCCCGGGAUGGGUCACCUCAUCCCUCUUGUUGAAUUAGCUAAGCGACUCGUUAAUCAACAUAAUCUCUCCAUCACCUUCAUUGUCCCAACUGAUGGUCCUCCUUCUAAGGCCCAAAAAUCAGUUCUUGAAUCGCUUCCUACCACCAUAAGCUCCACAUUUCUUUCUCCGGUUGACAUGAGUGAUCUCCCUGGAGAUACAAAGAUAGAAACGAUAAUUUCCCUUACGGUGGCACGCUCUCUCCCUUCUCUUUGCCAAGUUUUGAAGUCUCUUGUUGAAAGUAGUCGACUAGCGGCCCUGGUGGUUGAUCUCUUUGGAACCGAUGCGUUCGAUGUUGCUCGAGAAUUCAACAUCUCUCCCUACAUUUUCUUUCCUUCUACAGCAAUGGCUUUGUCUUUGUUUUUUUGGUUGCCAAAGCUAGAUGAGAUGGUUCCUUGCGAGUAUAGAGAACUACAAGAACCCGUGAAAAUACCUGGCUGCAUACCGAUACACGGGAAGGAAUUGCUCGACCCGGUUCAAGAUAGGAAAAAUGAUGCUUAUAAAUGGCUUCUUCACCAUACAAAGCGAUAUAGACUAGCUGAGGGUGUUAUGGUUAACAGCUUCGUGGACAUGGAAGGAGGGGCCAUAAAGGCUUUGCAAGAGGAAGAAGCCGGUAAACCACCCGUUUACCCUGUUGGUCCGCUGGUGAACAUGGGUUCAAGUAGUGAAGGAAAGGAAGCAGAUUGUUUGAGGUGGCUAGAUGAGCAACCGCAUGGCUCUGUUCUGUACGUGUCAUUUGGAAGCGGCGGGACCCUAUCUUACGAUCAGAUAAACGAAUUGGCUUUGGGGCUAGAAAUGAGCCAGCAAAGAUUUUUGUGGGUUGUGAGGAGCCCCAAUGAUAGCGUCGCCAAUGCCACUUUUUUCAGUGUGCAAAGCCAAAAAGACCCUUGUGAUUUCCUACCAGAAGGGUUCUUGGAUAGAACCAAAGGGCGGGGUCUAUUGGUGCCGUCAUGGGCACCACAGGCACAAGUAUUGAGUCACGGGUCUACAGGAGGGUUCUUAACCCAUUGUGGAUGGAAUUCCAUCCUUGAAAGUGUGGUGAAUGGAGUGCCACUAAUUGCCUGGCCACUCUACGCUGAACAGACAAUGAACGCUGUGAUGUUAACUGAGGACAUUAAAGUGGCCCUGAGACCAAAAGCUAAUGUUCAAAAUGGCCUAAUCGAAAGACACGAAAUUUCAAAAGUAGUGAGAGGCCUAAUGGAAGGCAAAGAAGGGAAGAAGGUCCGCAACAGAAUGAAGGACCUUAAAGACGCAGCUGACAGGGUUCUCAGCGAAGAAGGCUCAUCUACAAAGGCAAUCUCUGGGUUGGCUCUCAAAUGGAAGAACCAAAUUUGCAACUAAAAGGAAAAUUUCUAGAUAUUAUAGUUUUUAGUAGUCUUAUAAUAACAGAUAAAUGGAAAUUGCAGCUUCUAGCUUUUACUCCUCCUCCUAGAUAAAAAUUGCCUUUUGUAUUUAAUUACUUGUAGGUUUCCAGGUUCUUGUUGCAUAUGUGUGGUCCAAUCCACGUGCUUGUACAAUUCUUGUCCACAGCUUGAAUACAUAUUAGACAUGGUUUAUUCA